GUGUAAACACAAGACGUGUGUUGUUUUCAUUUCGUGCAAGUGAGAUUUCUCUGAAAUAAUGGAUAUUUCCCUAAAUAUUACACAAGGUCCGAGUGUGAAAAAGAUUCCUCAACAGAAUUUGCAGAGUGCGACUUCUUCGAAGCAGAAAGCGAGGGUAAAAGGUAACAAAACUCCUGGAUUUUCCUUCAAAUUCACUAAAAAUGACAAGGUCAAGGCUGUUGUGGCCAGAAGGAGAGUCCCCAAAGCUGCUUCAGUGGCUAAAGUGAGGAAAAAUUACGUGAGUUUGAGAGAAAGUGUGUCUCCGGAAAGUGAUUCUUCCGGCGGUGAAGAAACUUCAGAGACUCCAACAGAGACUCUCAAGGAAGCCUCUGAUGGCAAUAUCACCAUUGGGAUUCACAAUUCUCCACCUAAAAAGAAAGCUGAGGCGGUGAAAGAGCAGCCAAUUGAAGUGGAAGAUGUAGUUUUUGCUCCUAGAAAACCCGCCCGGAAGAUUGAUCAUCGAUCGGAAGUUUACCAGCCUCAGCAAUCAAGAGCUCCUGAGGCGCUGCGUGAGGAGUCAGAUGACGAAGAGGCGCCCAGAAUGAGGAAAAGACGCAAACUUCUGUCAGAAAUGUCAGCUGAAUUGCCUUCUGUGGAGUGGAGAGAGGUGAAGUCGCUGAAAGAGAGCGUCUUCAGUGGGCUUCCAAUAACCGCCCUGAAUCUUCAUCCGCAUCUCGUGAAGAACUUGGAUGAUCUGCUGCAGAUAAAGGAGUUGACGUCCAUUCAGCAACGUGCCAUUCCCACGAUCCUCGAGCAGAAGGACGUUCUGAUUCGAUCACAGACAGGAUCUGGGAAGACAUUGACGUAUGCGCUGCCGGUGGUGCAGAUUCUGCAGGAUAUUCGCCCAAAAUUGACUCGGGAUGGAGGGAUUCAAGCCUUGGUGGUGGCGCCAACGCGAGAAUUGGUCAUUCAGACGUAUGAAUUGUUCGUGAAACUCCUGAAGCCAUUCACGUGGAUCAUUCCUGGGUAUCUUUGUGGCGGCGAGAAGAGGAAAUCCGAGAAGGCUCGCCUGCGCAAGGGUAUCAACAUCAUGAUAGGCACUCCUGGGAGACUCUGUGAUCACCUGACGCACACGGAAUCCUUCCAGCUGAGCGCUGUGAAGUGGCUGAUCUUGGACGAAGCUGAUCGCCUGCUGGAAUUGGGCUACGAAAGGGACGUUGGAAUGCUCGUGGAGGCUCUGAAUGCCCGCGAGAAGACAGCAGAUGGCACGAAGACACGACAGACGAUGCUGUUGUCAGCAACUCUGACACCGGCGGUGGAGAAACUGGCGGGAUUGGCUCUGAAUGAUCCGCUCUUCAUCGACAACACGGAGUCGGCAAAGGCAGAGUACAAGGAGGACUUCUCCAAAGUCAUCCAGGAGGCAAUAUCGGGAGAGAAGCUAGUUGUUCCGGACACAAUAAAGCAGAUCUUUGUCGUGUUGCCGCCGAAGCUUCGUCUCCCAACGCUCUCAGGAUUGAUUGCUCUUGAGCAUCGGCGGAAGAAAGAUGUUAAACUUCUGGUGUUCAUGGCGACACAGGAUAUUGUGGAUUUCCAUCAUGACAUCAUGGUGGAGAUGCUGACGAGGAAAGUGGUCGAGGAGGAGGACGAAGAGGUGGAGAAUGAGGAAAGUGAGGACACAAGUGAGUGUCUUCUGAAGGGCGUUCGCUUCUUCCGACUUCACGGAUCGAUGACGCAAACGGAGCGGAAGGCAGUCUUCAAGGAGUUCCGGAAUUGCAAAUCGGGCGUUCUUCUGUCCACGGAUGUGGCUGCUCGAGGACUGGACGUUCCGGAAGUGGAUUGUGUGGUGCAAUUUACACCGCCGCAAAAGUUGGCUGACUAUGUCCAUCGCAUUGGACGCACAGCGAGGGCAGGAAGGAGCGGAAGGGCUGUGAUAUUUCUCAAUCCUUCCGAAGUGGACUUUGUUCACACGCUCAACGAGAAGGGACUUAAAUUGCUCCGGGAUGACUUCAAGAAGUACCUGAAGCCACUCGUAAUGCGGAAGAACACACCGAAUGCAGCCACUGAAGCUGUCUCUGAUUUGCAACACAAGUGCGAGCAGUUGAUUGCUGAGGAUCAGCAAAUGAGGGAAAUGGCCAGCAGAGCCUUUGUCUCGUGGAUUCGCUUCUAUUCGGCCUUCCCCAAGGACUUGAGGCACAUCUUCAAUCGCAGGGAGAUCCAUAUGGGCCACUUUGCCAAGAGUCUGGGCCUCAGGGAGCCGCCGUCGAAAUUCGCAAGGAACUUCACUGCACCAAAAGCUCAAAAACCCGUCAAUCGACUCACAUUUGGCCACAAAGGGGAUGACGAUGAUGCUGAUGAGGAUGUGCGAAGUGGUGGUGCGAGUUUGGCUAAAUUUGCCACGCAAUCCAGAAGUUUGACAACAUCGGAGUUCGAUAGCGGAAUGCUUCCGGGCAGGAGGAAGAGAAAGGCGUAGCGAAAUGACAAAUGCGACAAUCAACCACAAAUUACGCUGGCACUUUGCGGGGAAAAUGUCAAAGAAACACCCUCUGAGAGGUUUAAAUCUCCCAGCAGUGCUGCAAGGUAGAGUAUAUUGUACUUCAUUGCGCAACAAUAGGGCCUGAAUAAAUGCACUUUGCGGGACAACAAACAGCCAGAGAUCUCCUCUCUUUGCCAUGUGGCGAUGGUGUAACCUCAGCCGUCCUGUGGGGAUUAGAAUUGCAGUAGAUUAGUUGUGCACGUGGCAAUUGAUUGUCGCCGAUACAUUUGCUUCUGGAUUAGCACACUCGUGAGUCCAUCAAGCGAGGGUCGAUGGGGUUGAGGACAGUGUCAUAUGUCGCCUGUCAUGGGAGGUUUGAUUUAUUAUCUGGGCCCAGAGUGUGUAAUGCGAUGUAGAUGGGAAAAUGCGGAAGAGUGUAUUGCAUUAGUGGCGGUUAUUUGCUCAUGUGAUUAUCCUAUAAAUUGGAAAUUAAAUUGUUAAUGUGGUCAUUUUGGGGAUGUUGUUUGCCUUAAUGAACAUCUUACGCUCUACUUAAUUCUCUAUUAACAUUUUAUUUCUCUUCUCUCCCUUCGAGGGAUGCAAAGACUUUUUUUUCCAUCAUUUAUUAUCCCACAGGAAAAUUGAGUAAUUUUUCUGCUUUUUUGCCCUCCGUGCCAUAUUAAUAUCCUCACUGUCUCGGCACUCUGCGGUGUGAAGUGGCGGAAGAAUGGGGAGGAGGAACGCAGAAAAAAAUGACUGAGAGAGAAGAGAGAUUAUUCAGAAGAUGAUGGGGAAAUUUUCAUACAAUUUUUCCUCUGCGAUGAAAUGCGAGUGGGAGAAUAGGGUGGAAAAGUGUGUAUACUGUCGUGAAUGAUCAAAAGUGAGCAUUUUUGUGGGCAAUUUUCUGACACGUGAAAAUGUCAUUUCCAAUUUUGACGCUUCAAUUAAUUUGAAUUGCGCUCCUUCCAUUCGGGAGCUGUUGAAGAAGAAGAAAAAAAAGGACCAGAGCGAGAGAGAGAGAGCGUGUGUCUGGGCAAUUUGCGCGCGCGGGGAGAAAUUGUGAAAUGUUUUUGAGGAUGUGCGAA